GCCGCGCGACACGGUGAGCUGGAGCUGGGGGUGGAUGCGUCCCCGGAGUCCGGAGAGCGUGUGUGUGUCCGGGAUGGAGGCAGUAAACUGAGGAAAAACAUUAGCGUUUUCUGGCUGCUAGCAACUUGUAACUUGUCCUCGUCCCGCCUGAUCGGCCUGGCCUCAUGGAUCCCGGUGGAAGUGAACUGGACUCCAGCUUGCCUCAGCCUGAGAACCCGUGCCUGAUCGUGGAGGACUCCCAGCCGGACAGCGUCGCUCUGGAGGACGACCCCGAGAGCAGCUACCGAGCUCUUCUGUCCCGCCGCCUGUCCAACCUGCAGCCCACCGCCCGCAGCCCGGUUCUGGAACUGAUAUCCUCCCCACUCGGAAACAGAUGCUCUCAGACUGACAGCCAAACUGAGAACUCCCAGAGCAACAGCCAGGCUGGACCAGGCACUCUGGCGACUGCCAGCCCCAGUUCAGCAUUCCAGGAGGAGAGUCAAGUCAUAAACAUCUGCCCUCCUCCGAAUAAGAAAAAGUGUGCAUCAGAGGACACUGAUAUGGAUUCUGGUGCUGAUUCUACCACUCACUGUGUUGAGUCUGAAAGUGGAACAUCUCAGUUUGGUUUUCUUGAGCUUUCUCAGAGCCAGUGUCUGGUAAUAAACAGUCAGGAGGAAGAGGAUGUUGUCCCUCAGUCAGACAGCGAGAGGCACACCAAACUAGCUGAACAAAACAUCAGAACUGGGACGUCAGAGAGUCAGAACAACAAAUCAGUGAGAUCUGAGGUGAGCUCCAGCAGCUCGUCAGAGCCCAGGUGUCAGACAGGCAGGCAGCUGAGUGUCCAGGCCCUGCUACACUCCCAGGGCUUACAUACCUCUGGGGACCAGGACCAGCAGGACUCUGAAAUACUGUCCUCACAAGAGGACAUGUUCGAUGCUGACAAGACAGGUGCUGCUGUGGACAGCACAGUGUCUGAGCCAGAUAACCAGGGUCUUCCUACUGCAACACCAGCCCAUACCCUGCGACUGCUGCAUCUCUCAGGCCAGGGCACUCUGGUGCAAGAGAGCCUAUCCCAGAGCUCUGUUGACUAUGUAGCCCCCACACCAGACAACUUCAGCCAGACUCCUUUAAUUGUUCCCAGUUCACCAACAGAGCCAGAGAAUCAACAUGGUGCUGAUGAGCCAAUGGACACUUCACUGCCUCCAGAUGACCGAUCAGGGAAAAAAGAAGAAGAGCCGAUGGAGACGGAACCUGUCUCUAAGCCACGCCCAUCCGCAUCCACUCCUGUGUCUCAGAAUUCUCCUGAUUUUGUUUUGGAGAGAACUCUGUCUAUGCCGUCCCAGCCUGAAUUCUCUCAUGAUGUGUUUGUCCCGACUCAGAGCCAGGAGGUUGGGAACAGCACCGCAGCUCCACAAGAUUCACAUAAGAAGAAGCUGACAGCAUCCGCGCCAUUGCCUCACGAGACACAAACUCCACCUCUGGAGUCAGCACCGUCCACUCUGUCUUUGCAGCUCUCUGUGAACACUGAGAGCUGUAGCGCAGCUCAGCAGACUUCAGAGCACAUUGAGGACGACAGUCAGGCCACACAGAUAGAGGAGGUGGAAGAGCCGCUCGGUGUCGACACUAAUGACUCUGCGAACUCACGCUGCUCUCAGAAAAGUGAGAGCAAUGGUGUCCCCUCAGAAACAAAAAUGGCUGCUGAUUCCAAAUCUUCCAAAAUUCCUGACUCACCGAAGCACCACAGCGAAAGUGCCAGAACUGAGGAGUCCAGUCCAUCACAAAAGUCUGACACAAAGAAACGGACCACAGCAGCUUUGAAUGUACAAAAUGUGAAUGUAAGCGACAGUAACAAUGGGAGCAAAUCAGCGAGCUCUGUAGACAAAGCAUCGCUGUCACAACCAAAGUUUGACACAGUAGACUUGACUGUUAACAGCUGUGUGCAGGAAACUCCCUCAGACACUACAGCCAGUAGUUUGGCCUCACAGUCUGGGUUCUCUCAGACAUCUAGUAUAGAUGUGGUGAAGAGUGUGGAGAGUGCUACAGACUCAAAAAGAGAGGAAACUGUGAAGAGUCAGUCAGUGGAGUCAGCCUUACAGGAAUGUGGGACAGCUGGUAACAGGAAAGCAGAGAAAGACAUGAUGGAUGAGGGUGAGCAGGAGGAAGAGGUAGAGGAGGAAGUGGUGAUGGAGGAGGGAGAGGAGAGCACAGUGGGAGCUGAGAGCUCAGGUCUGGGUUUGGCUCUCUCCCAGAGCCAGGUGUUAUCUCCGGAGCCCAUGGAGGAAGAGAGUGGAGAACAGGAAGAGGAGAAUGGCUGCAUCUUGGUGCUUAAAGAGAGCGAGGCAGCCUCUCAGAUCCUUGGAAAAGAGGCAUCAUCUGAGUCAAAGACGAGUGCUUCCCAGCCAGUCACAAACAAAGUGCCUGUCUCCACCAAUGGCCACAGGUCUCAGUCUCAGUCUAAGGAGGACCAGGUAGCUCCUGGCAGGGAGGCACCUGAACCAGAGGGGCUCAAAGACAAGAGCCUCAGUGAUAGCUCAGGAGAAAUCCCCUUCCAUUUCACACUUCCUAAGGAAGGGGAGGUGAUUGGGCCUACUGUCAGUGCCACACCCCCUCUGGUCAACCAGCUGAAGCAGACGCCAAGACACAGCACUCCGAUUGAGAUCACUUCUUUUUCGGAAAAGUCAGAUGUGGUGGGUGAUGUCUCUGCGGAUACUGCAAUGGCAGCCAGUGACAUUGUGUCUGGGGAAAGUGGGGAGGACACGGUUGAAAAAGGAGAUGGGAAGCUGAGCCUGCGGAUGAAACUAGUGACCCCCGUUGAAGAGAGCAGCUCAGAUCGCUUCAGCCUGCAGAAGCCAGCACUAUCAGGCGAGGAAGGAUCUGUUGUCAAGGUUACCACUGUUCCCAAGGCUGUUACCAGUCCGUCAGUGUUCAGUCGUGUCAGGCAGGUUCACAGACAGCUGGAGUCAGAGAGCAACAGCCAGCCAGCUGGCAACACUACACCUGUCAGGGGGGAGCUCUUUGUCACACCACAGAGGUGUUCUCCGACCUCGUCGCUGGGAUGCCACAGCCUCCCUAACAGCCAGUCAGAGCCUGCCUCCUGCGCACACCAGGAAGUGUUGGCAACACCUUUGGAGACUGCAAACGAGCCAUCUGCCUCUGCUUCUGAGUCUGGAGCUAUUGCUGAGGAAAGACAGGAGCCUGGAGCACCGGAGCCGUCCACCCCAAACAGGGCAGUUUCCAGACAAAAGGCAGUUUCCCAGCAAACCAGCUUUGACCACACCAUCACCCUCAGUCCACCCAACAAGCUCCAGCAGAGGACUGUCUCGCAGCAGACCAGCUUUGAUGGCCCAGGACUGCGCUCUCCAGCCAGCAGGGGUGAGCCAGAGUCCCCAUCUUUUAGAAGAACUUUUGGCCCAUCCCACCGCAGACAUGUUCGCACCAUCCAAGAAGUGCGGACCACCAUCACACGCAUCAUUACAGAUGUGUAUUAUGAAGAUGGAAAAGAGGUGGACCGCAAAGUUACUGAGGAGACUGAGGUGCCAGUGGUAGACUGCCAGGUUUUGGAUGGCGACAUCUCCCCAUGCCGCACGGGCAGCUCCAUGACCUCUGGUGAUCUUGCAGAUGUCAGCUCCCUGUCGUCUAAAGCCUCCAGCUUGCAGCACAGCUCUGGAGGAACCAGCAGUAGCACAGGCAAUGCCAGACCUGACUUCAUCAUGCCACCCAGCCGAGGGGCCAGAUCUAUCAGCCCCAGGAGGGGAGGUGGGCAGCAACAGAGGGGUCACAGGGGUCACAGGGCAGGGUCAGUGGUUACAAAGGAAAGAGGUUACGGCACCCCAGGGUCCCGGGCCUUCAUCCCAAUGACCACCAGAGGAAGGGCUAGGAGGGGCCGACCCCCAUGCCGCUCUUCCCUAUCUAGGAGAGGUGGUAUUGGCGCAGUCCACAGGGCGGGUGUUCACGGCCACCUCCAGUUCUCCUCAGAGGAUGAGCCCUAUACUCGUUUGUAUCCUCGCCGCCUUCCUGACAGCCCCACAGACACCGAGCUACCCAGCCACUCCGACUCCCUCAGGUCAUCUCCAGAGGAUACGAGCUCAGCCGGAAGCAGUUUUGUUGGACUGCGGGUGGUGGCCAAGUGGUCCUCCAAUGGCUAUUUCUACUCAGGCCGCAUCAUCAAGGACGCCGGGGAGGGGAGGUUCCGCCUGCGUUUCGAUGAUGGCUAUGAGUGUGAGGUGGCAGGGAAGGACAUCCUGCUGUGUGAUCCCAUUCCCCUGGAAACAGAGGUCACUGCUCUGCUGGAAGACGAGUACUUCAGCGUAGGUGUUGUGAAGGGCCAUAAAACCGAGAGCCACGAGCUGUUCUACAGUGUGGAGAGGGAGGGUCAGCGGCAGUGGUACAGCAGGAGCUCGGUCAUCCUGUCCCUGGAGCAAGGCAACAAGCUGAGGGAGCAGCACAGCCUGGGGCCCUACGAGCCUGCCACUCCGCUGGCCAAGGCCUCCGACAUCAGCCUGGAUAACCUGGUGGAAGGGAAGAGGAGGCGCAGGGGAGGCCCUGAGGGUCAGGUGACUCCUAACCGCAGUUCGUCCAGCAGCCCCCGCACCCCCGGCCCGUCUGGGAAGAGGAAGCUGAUGAGCUCUGUGGAGAGGACUCCAGCCAAAAGAGGCCGCAGAGGCCCAGGUGCCAGAGCUGCUCAGCGUGUUGGUGUCUGUAACACGUCUGGCAGUGGCACAGACCUUCCCGGCCAGUCUUGUGACUUGGCACAGACCCAUGGCCCGCUGCCCCAGAACACAUCUCUCUUCAUGGGCUUUGCCUUCAUGCUGACUGCUUCAUCUGAGAGCGAUCGACUGACCAACACGCUAGCCAGCGAUGAUGAUGAAGAAUAUGUGCAGACAGCUCCAUACAACAAAGGCUACACUGAGUCCCAGCUGCAGGCAGGUGGAGGCUUCAUCUUGCUCGACUUCAAUGAGGAACAGUGCAAGGCAGCAUACCAGAGCCUGCUUAUUGCGGACCAGCACUGCCGUACCACGAAGUACUUGCUGUGUGUAGCCAGUGGUGUGCCAUGCGUCUCUCACAUAUGGGUACGAGACUGCUGCAAAGAGAACAAGCUGCUCAACUACAGGAACUACCUGCUGCCCGCUGGCAUCGGCCCAGACGACAGCAUAGUGGAAUGGCACCCUCGUUGCAGCCCAUUCAAGUCCUUGCGGGUGCUGCUGGUGUUUGAGGAACCGGUGGAGCUGUGGGCUCAGCUCCUCACCUUGAGUGGCGCCUCCACUGUCAGGCAGUUCCAGUCAGACAAAGAUAGUUCUGACAUCCCUGCAGGCAAGUUUGACGUUGUGGUGACAGACAACGCCUGCCCACCGUUGGUCCAGAAGAGUGUGACAUCACAGAAAGUCCCACUGGUGUCUCCUGAGUGGCUGAUCCAGAGUCUGAUCUCUGGGGAAUGUUUGGGUUACCAUAGCAAGCCUCAGUAUCACCAUGACUACCGCUCAUCAUAAUCUGACUCCACGUGUUAAUUAAACGGCCUUCAACCAUGUUAAAUGUCCAGUAUUAGUUAUGUUGCAUGCCUUUGUUGUAUAUAAUUUUAACCAGUUUGUUUUUAUGAAAUAAUAAACUGUGACAGUUGUUUCAUUUUAA